CAUGACUUUAGCACCUGCCCAUUUCCGCACGCAUCUCAUUUCGCUCCUUGCUACAGCCGGUUGAAUUCAUCACGACACCUUUCAAUACUACUUGUGAACGAUUACAAUCAUGGGCCUGGUCGACUACUCCGACUCGGAAUCCGAGACCGAGACGGUGCAGCAGAAACCUACUCCGACCUUUGCUGCGCCCCCGACGAAGAAACCCUUCCAGAAACUCCUCGACCGUUCGUCUGGCACCGGCAAGAUUGUCGUCAACUUGCCAGCUGCGGGCGCUGCCACCGACGCUGAUGCCGACGAUGAUCAGCCUCCAGCGAAGCGCGCAAAGGUCACCGGCGGCAGCAGAUUCAGCAGCCUCGGCUCAUUUCUCCCACCUCCCAAGAAGACCGGCGCAACUGCUGCGCCGAAGAAAACAGGUUCAGCGCCCGCCCCCGGUGUGCAUCUGCGGACAGGUGCCGAGCCAGCAUUUGUCAGGGGCGGCGGUGAAGAAGAAGGAACGGUCGAGCUCGAUGGAGACGGGGCCGCGCCCUCUGGGGUAAACGUAAACGUACCUGCAACGAAUUCGAAAGCUCAGCCCGGCCCGUCAAUACCCGAGGGUCAAAAACCAGAAGAGGAGGUAAAGCUCGUUGGCAAACCGCUCAUGUUCAAGCCUCUCUCGGUCGCCAGGAAGAAGGCGCCGGCCAAGAACAAGAAGAAAGAUGCGGCUGCUGCUGGAGCUAGCCCAUCACCAGGCGGAGCGGCAGCCCCUUCCAACGGCCCUACGACGAGUACACCAGCUGCAACGUCAAACACAGCGCCCCCACAGAAGAAGAAGAUCUCUCUCUUCUCAAUAGGCGACGACGAUGACGAAUCCGCGUCUGCCGCGCCCACCACAACCGACUCCACGGGUACUUACGAACCUCUCUUCACCUCAGCCGAAAACGGAGGUGAAGGUGAAGAAGAUCCCGAAAGCGACGUAACCGCCGCUUACCCAACCUACCAACACCACCACUACCAACAACAACAACAACAACGACAACGACAACCGCCGCCCCAGCAACCAGCACAGGACGACGCCCUCUCGUCACUAGCCUCCAGCCUAUCCCCCGCAGCGCGGCGCGAGCUCUUUGGCCGCUCCUCCUUCUCCUCCUCCUCCAACAACAACAACAACCACCACCACAACAACGCAAAGGUGAUCAGCUUCGACAUGGAGCGCGAGUACGCGCACAACGAGGAGCUGCGGCAGUCGGGCGCGGGCGCCCAGCUGGCGUACAAUCCGGUCCGGUCCAUCGCGCCCGGCAAGCACAACCUCCGGCAGGUGGUCAACAUGGCGCAGAGCAACCGGGAGGCGCUCGAGGAGAGCUUCGCGCGGGCCAAGGCGAACCAGAGGGACGCGGCGGGGCGGUACGGGUGGUGAGAUUCUUACUGUUCUCCCACCUUUCCAAUUUCUACAGAACGAGCUCUUGUUUGUGACGAGGAGUUUGUACAAGGGGGCAUGGGAGGAUCCCGAAUCGGGCCGGUCCCGAAAAAAAGACGAAGGAGUUUUUGGGGUUGGGGGUGGGUGAGGGAGAGGGUUUUCAAAAUGGAUACCUAAUGUUGGAUGCCAAUCUUGGACGGAUGGAGUUUGUAUCUGUUGUUUCGAUAUUGUGCGCCGCUUUUGACGCAAACGCAAUCCUCCAAUGACGCAAAGGUCUGGACAUAUAUACGAUAGCGAUGUGCUCUAAUAUUAAGAUAUACACUCAAGAAG